AUGUUAGGCAUCGGCAAAACGAACAAGUGUAUCCCUUUUAAUGCUCCCUUGUGUAUCUGUAUCCGUAGCCUGCAAGAUCCUUGUCCAUCCGAGCGCUGCUCCCGAGUCCAGCUCGACACCAGCUCGACCAGGUUUUCUGCCGUUCAGCUUCCCACAUCCCUUUUCUCGCCCGUUGAGCGUUUUAUGUUAUUUGCAGAAAGAAAGAAAAAGCCAAAAACCCACCAACGCAGCACGCACGACACACCGCUGAUCGUCGAAGAGAGCACAUCCGACGGCGUACUUACUGUACCUAGGUAUCCUAUCUGCAGAGAGGCAAGGAAAGGUACGGCGCCCCCCCCCCCCCAUGUCUCUCUUCUUGGAGACCUGUGCGGCGUGCCCUGGCUGGCUGGGAAAGCGGGCGUCCGGCGCGUGGCUUGUCGAUCGUGGUGGUGUCAGUUGUUGGUUGUGGUGGUCCGGAAGUUGAUUCCGUGGGACCCGGGGACGCUGUAUUAUUGCUUUUUCGAGUGCUCCUACGGUUCGUUGUCGUCAAGGACUGCUGUGUAG